UUGAUCGCUGCACAACCAACAGAACUUUAUUUACAUUCAUAAACUUCUUUCUCCUCUUUUACUUCUUUUUCUUUUAUUGUCUUUUCUUCAUCGCUAUGCUUUUGUGCAUUGGUUCACGGGAUUUUGUUUUUCUUGAAGUCAUAGUUUAUGAUUGUUCGCGAUCUUGCGGGUUUAGCUCCUUUGAUUUGGCGAUCAUGGCUCAGGAAAACAACCAGAUUUCAACAUUUGAACGUCAUUAUCGUUGCUAUCCUGUUUCUUUCAUUGAUAAGCCGCAACUGGAAAAGGGUGAUAAAAUUGUUAUGCCAGCCUCAGCUCUUGAUCGCCUUGCUUCUUUACAUAUUGAGUACCCUAUGUUGUUUGAGUUGAGUAAUACUUCUGCUGGGCGGGUCACUCAUUGUGGGGUCCUAGAGUUCAUUGCUGAUGAGGGUCUGAUAUACUUGCCAUACUGGAUGAUGGAAAAUUUGCUCCUUCAAGAGGGAGACAUUGUGAAAGUAAGAAAUACCAGUCUAGCAAAGGGAUCUUAUGUGAGGCUACAGCCCCAUACCAAGGACUUCUUAGACAUCUCCAAUCCCAAAGCCAUCUUGGAGACUUCGUUAAGGAGCUACUCUUGCUUGACCACUGGUGAUACCAUCAUGGUUCCUUAUAACAAUAAGAAGUAUUAUAUUGAUAUAGUUGAAACAAAGCCCUCCUCCGCUGUCAGUAUUAUUGAAACAGACUGUGAGGUGGACUUUGCCCCUCCACUUGAUUAUAAAGAACCAGAAAAGCCUACAUCAUCUUCUCUGUCAAACAGGACACGACCUGAAGCUGAAGAAGAGCCAGCCAAAAAGAUGGCAAAAUUCAGCCCCUUUACUGGUUCAGGGAAACGCUUGGAUGGCAAAUCCUCAACACAGCCAGCUGCACACGCUUCCUCUUCCUUGCAUAAACCACAGCAACCAAAAGCUGACAGUGAAACUAAUGGUUCCAAGUCUAGUGCUUCAUCACGUCAGCAUUCAGGGAAACUCGUGUUUGGAUCAAAUGCAAACCAUACCUCAAAUGAAACUUCUAAGGUUGCUUCUAAGAGCGAAAGCCAAGAGCCACCUAAGAAGAUGGAAAAACCAAAGUUCCAAGCAUUCACUGGGAAGAAAUAUUCACUGAAAGGUUGAUUUUAUUCGUGCUUUCUCAAUAUUUUAUCCUCUCUUGGGUUAAAUGUAAGGAGAAUUUAAUCAUUUUGGAGACUAAAGAGCCCUGUAGAAGCAGUAAACUAAAGUUAAUCAUUUACGCAAGUAUUAUAUAACGGAUCACAGUUCUUUCAUAA